AAUUCGGUCAACAUGAGUUUCGAAGUUUUAUCGUAUGAAGGUUUGGUGCAUGCUGUGUCCGGAGCAAUGGGAAGUGUAACAGCCAUGACAGUCUUCUUCCCUCUGGAUACUGCCAGACUAAGACUUCAAGUGGAUGAGAAGAGGAGGGCCACUUCAACUCCAGCCAUUCUAGCAGAAAUAAUCAAGGAGGAAGGACUGCUAGCACCAUACAGAGGCUGGUUCCCAGUCAUCUGCAGCCUUUGCUGCUCCAACUUUGUGUACUUCUACUGCUUUCACAGCUUGAAGACCAGCUGGCUAAAGGGACAACGGUCAGCACCUUACACUGACUUACUGCUUGGCAUCGCUGCAGGGGUUGUAAAUGUUCUAGUAACCACUCCAUUGUGGGUGGUCAACACCCGGCUGAAGCUGCAAGGCUCCAAGUUUCACAACACAGAUAUUCAACCCACCAACUACCAAGGCAUUAUGGAUGCAUUCGUGCAGAUCAUUCGUGAUGAGGGAGUGGGGGCGCUUUGGAACGGCACCUUUCCCUCACUGCUGCUGGUCCUCAACCCUGCCAUCCAGUUUAUGAUUUAUGAAGGUCUAAAGAGGCAAUUGAGGAAAGGGGUUCCCAGGGAGCUCGCCUCUUUUGAAGUUUUCAUGAUUGGUGCAGUGGCCAAAGCUGUUGCCACAACUGUGACUUAUCCACUGCAGACCAUACAGUCAAUUCUUAGGUUUGGUCAGUUUAACAAGUCAACAAGCAAGUCAACACUGUUGUCCAGUUUCAUGGCAGUGAAGUGUCUGCUAGUCAACAGAGUGAGGAAGUUUGGUAUGUUGGGUCUGUUUAAAGGCCUGGAGGCCAAGUUGCUGCAGACGGUCAUGACUGCUGCCCUCAUGUUCCUUCUCUAUGAGAAGAUUGCCAGCUGCACCUUCAGAAUUAUGGGACUGCGUGACCACUACAAACACAGUCGCUAG